AUGAAGUUCACUCCUCUUGUUCUCGGCUCUCUCGCCUCGGCUGCCGCCCUCAACCGCCGGGCGGAUAUGUGUGGCCAAUGGGACACUACCACUACCGAUAAGUUCACUUUGUACAACAACCUCUGGGGUGAGGCCAAUGCGGACAGUGGUAGCCAAUGCACCGGCCUCGAUUCGGACAACGGAAACACUAUUGCCUGGCACACGAGCUGGAGCUGGACCGGUGGGGCUGGCCAGGUCAAAAGCUUUGCCAACGUCGCUUACAACUUCGAGGCCACUCAGCUGAGCCAGCUAAGCAGCAUUCCCAGCACAUGGAAGUGGCAGAACACUGGUUCCGACAUUGUUGCUGAUGUCGCAUAUGAUCUCUUCACCUCAUCCAGCGCAGAUGGAGACGAGGAGUACGAGAUCAUGAUCUGGUUGGCAGCCUUGGGCGGUGCUGGCCCUAUCUCGUCGACCGGAUCUACGAUUGCUACCCCCACCGUGGGCGGACAGAGCUGGUCCUUGUAUAGUGGCCCCAACGGCCAGAUGACAGUGUUCAGCUUUGUCGCCUCCUCCACGACCGAGGAUUUCUCGGCUGACCUGAACGACUUCCUCAAGUAUCUGCAAGAGGAGCAGGGCCUGCCUUCCAGCCAAUACCUGACCCAUGUGCAGGCGGGUACUGAGCCCUUCAGCGGAAGCGACGUCAAGUUCACCACCUCUUCCUACUCUGUCUCUGUUGCCUAA